AUGUUGGAGAGUAAUUACACCCUACCAACUGAGUUCCUACUUGUUGGAUUCACAGAUUAUCUACCUCUCAGAGUCACAUUAUUUUUAAUAUUUCUCAUUGUAUAUAUACUAACUGUGGUGGGAAAUCUGGGUUUAAUCAUCCUAGUUAAUACCAAUACAAGCCUCCAAACACCCAUGUAUUAUUUUCUCAGCAACUUGUCUUUCUUAGAUAUUAGCUAUUCCACAGCAAUUGCUCCUAAAAUGCUGGUGAAUUUCUUAGCAUCCAGGAAAAGCAUCUCUUAUUAUGGCUGUGCACUACAAAUGUUUUUCUUUGCUUGUUUUGCUGAUGCUGAGUGCCUCAUCCUGGCAGCCAUGGCCUAUGACCGCUAUGCAGCCAUCUGUAACCCUCUGCUCUAUUCUACACUUAUGUCUAAGAAAGUGUGUGUCUGCUUCAUUGUGCUGGCAUACUGCAGUGGAAGCUUCACCUCACUGGUUCAUGUCAACCUCACAUUCAGGCUGCCAUUUUGUGGCUCCAAUGUUGUCAAUCAUUUUUUCUGUGAUAUCCCCCCUCUCCUGGCUUUAUCGUGUGCGGACACCUAUAUCAAUGAGCUUCUGCUCUUUGCCUUGUGUGGCUUCAUUCAGACCAGCACUUUUGUGGUCAUAUUCAUCUCCUAUUUUUGCAUCCUCAUCACUGUCUUGAGCAUGAAGUCCUCAGGUGGCAGAAGCAAAACAUUCUCGACUUGUGCUUCCCAUCUCGUAGCGGUCACCUUAUUCUACGGGACACUCUUGUUUAUGUACUUACGUCCCACCACCAGCUACUCCUUAGAUACUGAUAAGGUAGUUGCCGUGUUUUACACGGUGGUCUUUCCCAUGUUUAACCCAAUAAUCUACAGCUUUAGAAACAAGGAUGUAAAAAAUGCCCUCAAAAAACUAUUAGAAAAAGACUGGAGUUUCAAAUGA